UUGGCUCCUUUCCGGCAGUCAAGCCGACUUUCACUUGAAACCAGCAGAGAAAUGUCUCACAAAAGAUUCUAUGUGAAGUUAGACCUUCAACUCCAUGCGCUCACCUGUCCAGGCGUUUGGCUUUGUUCGCACGGAUUUUUGGAGGCCACAGUCAAAACCUUGGGCUACUACUUCCGAACUGGGGCGAUGGAGCCGCGGUUUCCCAUGCUGUGCCACGACCAAUUCACCAUGGAGGGAUACUUCAAGAGUGUUGGCUGCUUGGAGGACAUGCACCGGCUGCUGAAGGCUGAGCAGUUGGAGAUAACCGUCUGGCAGAAUGGUCGGAGGCUGGCCUACUUUGUGGGAAGUCUCUCGGACGUGAUGCAGCCGACCAUUCCUCGAUUGAGUUGCGCCCACAGCUCCAAUGUCCAGCUGCUGAUGAAGGCGACGCCUGCUUUUCCAGGAAUCCUGGCACCAAAAGUGGAGCUGUCUGCGCAGUUGACCACGCAGGACCGAAGGAAGGGAUGCAGUUGCUCCAGUUUCAAAGAAGAAUCGGUACCUCCUGUCAACCGACACGUGGAGAGCCGAUGUCUGGACCAUUUGGACCAGCGUCGAAAGCAGCAGACCGUGUGCCAUGGCAGAAAAUCCAAUUGCUGCCCUAGUACAAGUUAUGCGGGAUGGAGAGGAGCUUCCCCCGAGGAGCAGAAGCAGCAGGAGCGACGCCUGUCCACAUGCUCGAGCACAACUCAACUAAGUAGUCUCAGCCAGAGCUCCUCGUUGACGCAGUGCAGCCACUUGUCCAGUUGUACUAACCCUUUGGAUGAUCACCACCACAGCUGUGAUAUCUGUCAAGCCUACAGACGCAUGUUUUCUACUUAUUAAAUAAAUUUAAAA